AUGGAUAGAGAAAUUCCAGAGCCAGAUGAUAUAAGGCUGACUUCCAGAGAAUUCCUGAACGAGCUUAGAGGCGAGUACAAGAAAGAAAUUGUGAGAGAGCAUAAUAGGAUCGUUUUCAGUAGAGAUCCUCUGAAAUACAGAAAGAUGGGACUGAACGAGUAUCUAGAAAAGGAUGUAGAGUCUCAGGAGGAGAUUGUUGUUCCCAAAACGGAUAGAGGCAAACUGGCCAAUUUGGCUCAGGAGGCAAAUGUCUCUAUAAAAAUAGACGGACUUAACAGAGAUCCAAACAUAAUGAUUCUCUUGGUUAGAGGAACAUUGACAGCCAUGAGGUCUUUCAGGGAAAAGAUGGAGCACAUGCAUAAUAAGCUUCCAGAAGGCAUACAUGUUGACGGAGAGGUUAAGGUUUUAGACAUUCCUUCUGGGACAGAAGACGUAGUUAUAGGAAGAAAUGGAACGAACAUAUACAGGCUGCAGAGAGACUUUAAGGUUAUUGCAAGGGUAACAGAUAAUGGGAGGGGAUCAAAAUCCCUUGUAAUUUCAGGAGACGACAGAGACCGAGUACAGGAGGCAUGCAACCAUGUCAUAGACAUGAUUUAUAAAGACAUAAAUUAA